AUGCAGCAUCCUACCCCAGCUUCGGUCUUUGUCCAAGCUGCUCAACUCCCUCCCAACUUCAUUAUCCGGCCUCGACCUCGAUUUUGCAUCCUGCGUCCUGGAGGUUUCUGGACGCCUUUGAUCCCACUUGAUGAAUUACCUUCUUGGUUGGAGAUUUGCAACUGGGCCCCUGACAUGUACAUGGGAAUGUACCCGGCGUCAAUGACAUUCAUGCCACGCGAAGGGGAAUAUGACGUUCUCUGUCAUCACUGCUCGCACGGUGUAGACUCACUGCACCAGAGCGUCUCCGAACGAGGAGCUUCUUCUGUUGCAGCCGAAAAUGACGGCUCGGCCAAAGACCGUUCUGUCUCACCGAAGGCCGAUAGAAGUGGUGCUGCUUCCUUGCCUACCGUGCUCCAUCAUGACACACCAAACCAAUUCUUGGAGCAGCCUCCUUUCGGUGCAAUUCUCCAGACCCCGUUUGUUGGAAUGUGUAUGGUCGACAUGAACUCGCAGUAUCCAGAUAUUGCUACAGACUCUUCUGGGCUGAAGCGACGUCUGAGUAUCGAGAACUCGAUUCCUCCUCAGGUCUUUGGUGCAGUCGGCGUUGGCAGCCCUCCUCUUUCCGUGGUAAGCUCGGGGAAUGCUCGCAGGUCUGAAUUUCCUUAUACACAUGCGCAUGAUGCUAGAUCGUUUCCCAAGCCCCAGCGCGUUGCAUCACUGCAAAACGAAAGCCUUGCAUCAAUGCAAAGUGGCAGCGUUGCCUCCACUCGAUCUCUCACAGUUGCUGCCAUUGAGCACAUGAAGAGGAUGCGAAGAAGAAGGAUCUCCCGUGGAAGCAGUUUGCAUGCAAGCAUCAGUGUCGCAGAAGCAAAGAGCCUGUCCCAGGUCUCAGGCUCAAAGAUCUCAAAGGUCUCAAAGGUUUCAAAGAAUUCCAAGGUUUCCCAGAUCUCCUCCAUUCGUGUCAUCUCAAAGCAUCAUCGAAAGGUUAUACUGCGUCGUCGACGCGCGGAGGAAAGGAAGGCCGACAGAUCACGGCAGUUAGUGACCUCAAUGGAGGCGCUGGAGCUGAAGCCGGAGCAACCAAAUUCGGCUACCAAGAGACGCGAUCGACGUGAGCGCAUGAUGCAACGCAGGAGGCAAUCUGAUCGUGGCAAGCAACCUUAUCAAAACAUGAUGCGGAUUCCCAAUUGGAGCCCGGGUAUGUGCAAGCACUGA